AUGGAUACCAGCGAGUCAAAUGUCGAUACGACGCUUGGAAACGAUGAGGAAAAUGGGGUGGCGAAGAUGGAGGUGGUAGAGGAAACGGAGAACCGCUAUUCGCGUGGCCGAAAGUUGGAGAACGAGACGGGCAAGAACGCGUUCGCGCUAACGGGCGAGCUUUUCCAACGCGUCUACAAGAUAAGUCCGCCACCCGAGUAUCAAUUCGACGAGGUUUUCGAUGCGGCCAACCAGAAGGGUUUUGUGGCGAAGAUGCUUUUCAAUGGACAAACCUUUGCAAGCCCUCCUUGCAGCAAUAAGAAAGUAGCGAAAUUGGAUUGCGCGAGACAAGUUCUGGAGGUACUGAUCGGUGAAGAGGAACGAGAAAAGAUGGGCGAUCCGACACCGCCAAUGAUAUUUCAACGAGAGGACACGUGGGCAGAGAUGUUGAGACAACACACAUAUGCGCUGUUUGGGAGUUUGAGCCAACAAAACCCGAUCGCUGUUGGCACCGAGAAAGUGAUCGCCUCAAUUUUCAUGAUGGACAAAGACUCCUCGUCAGUCAAAUGUAUCAGUUUGGCCACUGGAAACAAGUGCAUUCGACGACAAAACAUCGGUUUUCACGGAAAAGCGCUCAUCGAUUGUCAUGCGGAGAUUUUGGUGAAACGAGGAUUGAGAAGAUUUCUCUACGCGCAAAUCAACGCUUUCACCUGGGACUCAGAGAAUUCGAUUUUUGAGAAAAAACAGGCUCGUGAAAAGUUAUCUCUAUGUGAUCGUUUCUCGUUUCAUCUUUUCAUCAACACCGCUCCUUGUGGUGAUGGACGAUUGUAUACGCUUGAAGAUACGGAGAAUCCGGAAGAAUGCUCCGAACAUUUGGACCGAAAUAAAGGCCGUUUGAGAUUUAAGAUUGAGGAUGGAAUGGGCAAGAUAUCGGAUUCAAAGCUGCUCGGACAAGAUUUUGACCUGGAACGUUUUCGGGCUACAAGGGAGCUUUAUUGGGGCAUUUCAUUGAGCCGGUCUACCUCACUUCAAUCGCUAUUUCGGAUCUCUAUUCGGCUCGAAUCGCGCGCGCGCGCACCAAAGGGAUCACCGUAUCGACUCAAUCAUCCGAGUUGUCUUUCUUGUCAAACGCCCUAUUCGAUCACGCCAAACACGGGCAUCGCCACGCAGAAAGUGUCCAUCAAUUGGAAUCUCGUCGACAAGACACUCGAAUCGCUCAACACGUUCACGGGGAAAUUGCUGACUGGAGAAGUCUCACGCCUUUCGGCGAGCUCGUUCUUUCAACUCUUCGCCUCGGCUACGCAGGCGUUGACAGGAAAAGGGAUUCCCGAUGAUGUCACCUAUUUACAAGUGAAAGCCGGCAACACUUCAUACGCGGAUUGCAAGAAGCGUUUGCUCAACUUUUUUGCUGAAAAAAACCUCGGCGAGUGGCAGACGAAACCCAUCGAAUUCUCGAUGUUCUCGAUGAAGGAGUUAGAGAAA